AUGGCUGCCAUGAACAACUUUCUCCAGCCCCAAAUUCCUAGAUUGGGGAAAGAUAAUUAUGAGAAUUGGAGUAUACAAAUGAAAGUGUUGUUGGGUUAUCAAGAUUUGUGGGAUCUUGUUGAAAAUGGGUUUGAACAACCCGCUUUGAAGGAGGAUGAAGAGAGAUUGACGGAAGGUCAAAAGGUUUUACUCAAGCAAAUGAGAAAUAAAGAUAAGAAAGCCUUGUUUCAAAUCUAUCAAGCUAUUGAUGAGUCUAGCUUUGAGAAAAUUUCCUCCGCCACCACGUCCAAAGAAGCUUGGGAUAUCCUCCGAAAUGCAAAUAGAGGUAUUGACAAAACCAUAAAGAUGAGACUUCAAGUUUUGAGGGGUGAAUUUGAAUCUUUGGAAAUGAAGGAUAAUGAGACCAUUACGGAGUAUUUUACUAGAACCAUGGUGAUUGUGAAUCAAAUUAGAAGAUAUGGUGGCAACCUUGAUAAUGUAUGUGUGGUGGAGAAAAUCUUACGAUCUCUAAAUGGUAAAUUUGAGUAUGUGGUUUCCGCCGUUGAAGAGUCAAAAGAUACUUCCACCAUGACGAUUGAUCAAUUGAUGGCAACACUUAAAGUUCAUGAGCAAAGGUUGAACAAGAAGGCUUCAAGCUCUCUUGAGCAAACACUCCAAUCGAAACUUUCUUUCAAGGAUGCAAAGGAGGAUAAGGGGGGACCUCUUAUAGUGCAAGAGGAAGAGGAAGAGGCUAUGACGGUCAUGGUAGAGGCUAUAAUGGCCGUGGUAGAGGCUAUGGAAAUCGUGGAAGAGGCUUUGAAAGCCAUGGAAGAGGUUAUAGCAACGUCAAGCAAUGAAGUUGGUGAGCAAGAUAACUAUGUGGAGAAAGAGUAUAAAGAAGUUGGGCCUACUUUGUUGCUAGCUUACAAUGGGUCCAAUGGAGAUCAAAGCGAUGUAUGGUUUCUUGAUACCGGGGCAAGCAAUCAUGUGUGUGGCAAGAAGAGCAUGUUUAUUGAACUCGAUGAGGCGGUGCAAGGCCAUGUGACAUUUGGUGACCACUCCAAAGUUUCGGUGAAAGGCAAAGGUAAGAUUCUAAUCAAACUCAAGAAUGGUAAUCAUGAUUUUAUUUCCGAUGUUUAUUAUGUUCCGUAUAUGAAAAAUAAUAUCUUGAGUUUGGGCCAACUUUUGGAGAAAGGAUAUGAUAUUUGGAUGAAGAAUCUUUAUCUUACUAUCAAAGAUGCUUGA